AGCAUUUUCCGUGACCUUCUCAGGUCACGCGCCAACGCCUAUUUUUUUGCCCAGCGCUGCCUUUCCGCGCAAUGACCGCGCAGUGCGAGGACCCCCGCCAGAGGAUGCUGCCCGCGUUCUCUGGCACAGCCAGCGCCGAUGGCGGCGCCGGCCCCGAACGCAUUUGGGAGGAGCAGGAAGAGAAGGGCAAGCUAGUGCGCCUGCGUCCGAUUUCAGCGGCAAGCUUCCGUCCAAACCUUCCCCUUGGUGCGCUUUGGAACAUUGAGGGGCCGUGCUUCUGCAAGUUCCUAGUGCCCAACCACAUUGCGGGCGCCCUCAUCGGAAAGGAGGGCACCAUGAUCGGGGAGAUCGAGCUGCUCUCCAAGUGCCGCAUGCAGAUCUCGGGGGCGAAGGCGCACUUUCCAGGCACCCAGGAUCGCAUCUGCAUCGUGGGUGGCCACGACCAAGAGCGGUUGAAGAGCGCCAUGACCUUGAUCAUCCAGAAGAUCCGGGGAUCGCAGAACAAGGUCAAGAAGAUGGUUUUGAAGCUGGUUGUGCCCAUGUCUGCGGCAAGCACCAUCAUCGGUCGCCGUGGUGAGGCCAUCCAGGAAAUGCAGGCAGUCACGGAGUGCCGGAUGAACAUGAGCCCGCGCAUCGAGGGCUUUCAGGAGCGGCUGCUGACCAUGACGGGAGACGAAGGCGCGCUGAAGAGCUGCGUGCUGAAAAUGGUGGAGAAGAUUCAGGACGACGUCCAUCUCAAGGAGCAUAUGUACCUGGCCUACGACAAGGAGCUGCCGCAGGGCUCCUGGAGCGGGGAACGUACCGAGCCUUUGGACCCCAACUGCCCGUUGAUUCCGCCCGCCGAGCUGCAGACGAAAACCAAGCGCGAGCUCAUCGUCUACUUGAAGACCACGGCUCCUCGCGACGUGUUGGCGAAGAUGUGCUUACUGGGCUCCGAGAAGAACGCGGUGAAGUCGAAGAGCCUCGAAGUGUUGCUGGAGGCGGCGAAGGAGCUGUGGGUCUCGCGCUAUGGGGACGUGGAAUUCGUGGAGCAGCCGGCGGCGCCGCUGGCGCCAGGGGUGCAAGCUGAGACCCCUGCGCCCCUGCGACCCGGGCUGCAGGCUGCCGAGUUGGACAAAGAGGAGUCGAUGAACACUUUCGGAGAGGAGGCACCUUUGAUCGUACCCAAUAAGCUCCCACCCGGGCUCCCGGCUCCUAUCCUCCCGCUCGAGCCGCCCGAAGAGAAGGCGGCGGGACAGCCUGCUGUUUCAGUUCCUUCGCCUCCCUUGCCGGAGAAGAAGCCGCGCCUGGUUCCGCCGGGCCUGGUGAAGGAGGUGGAGGUGGAGGAGAACAAGGAGCCGGAGGAGCCCGAAGGCUUCUUUCAGGCGAUGGCCACGGCCCUGGCGCGCUGCGUGCUGGGGGAGCGCCUGUCUUGGUCCACUGGAGGCUUGGAGGUGGGUGAAUGGCCCCAGCCCAGCGCACGGCCCUUGAAGAGUUUGAAGAAGAGCCAGGCCAUGUCGGACGAGGAGCGCCUGACUUUGGCGAGGCUGGACCACCAGAACGCUGUUGAGCCCUGCGUGGAGUUGAGAGGCACAGCUGCACCUCCUGUCGCGCCGAGGCCGGAGCACUUGGAGUCCUGGGACCGCCGGGCGGAGCACCCGGUGAAACCCGCGGAGAUGGUUGCGGCCAUGCUCAUGCCGGAGCCCAUCCGAACCACGCUGCGGUGAGUCGAACGCGAAGUCACCAAAGCUCCCGGCACGUUUGCCCCAGGCCGCUGCAUUGUUUUACUCAGGUGUCAUUAUUUUGGCUGUGUCUAUUUCGUGGGUUUUGCCUGAGCUUAUGGAGCUGAAAGGCAAGCGAAAGGCCAUGGCCUAGUCCCGCAGAUGCGCCACACCGCGAAUGGAAUCAGC